UAAUUGAUAUUCAUCGAAUUCGCUGAACUACUGAAUUAGCAUACUGCAGACAACGUCAUGUGAUCGACUACAGCCCGGAACUUCUUAAAGAUUGUCUUUGUUGUGUGGAAGAAUCAAGCUUCCUGACACUGCACUCUUCAAUGACAAGAAUCAGACGAUAGUUCUUUAUAAGUUUCAAUCAAAUUUUSUGCACGAUAUGGCUAGAAGACCGCAAACAAAAACUGUCUCGAUGUUAUUCAUUUCGCUUGCAUGCAUCAUGGCCGACAUGAAAGCGGAAMAAUUUUCCUCCACUAUAUUACCGCCAAGCGAAUUCUCUGAGGUUUCAACACGUUCUUCAAUACGAACACAAGGGAGUGUAACCACAAAAACGUAUACAAGUCCUUCAAACGAUAGAACGACAAUUCAAUUAUACACCAGUAAAUCUGUGGAGUCAGCAACUAGUGGUAAACCGAGUGGAUCAAGCACUAGCCAAACGACAUCGACAGCACUGAGUAAUCAAGGAACGAAUCAAUCAAAUAGUACUAUACCACACACUGUAACAAAUCCUUCUACUGCAACAUUACAAACACAAGGUGUAACAUCACCCGCUACGAUAGCAAAGACCACAACUUCACCGCCUACAAAACAAACAACUCGCAAAAUAACUAAUCCGAAAACCAACAAGACAACCACCCAGCCAUCCAAUAAAACAACCACCCAGCCAUCUAGAUCCAGCAAACCUACAACCCAGCCAUCUAGUAAAACAACCAACCAGACAACCAUCAAGACAACCACCCAGCCAUCCAAUAAAACAACGACCCAGCCAUCUAGCAAACCUACCACCCAGCCAUCCAGCAAACUUACCACCCAGCCAUCUAGUAAAACAACCAACCAGACAACCAUCAAGACAACCACCCAGCCAUCCAAUAAAACAACGACCCAGCCAUCUAGCAAACCUACCACCCAGCCAUCCAGCAAACUUACCACCCAGCCAUCUAGUAAAACAACCAACCAGACAACCAUCAAGACACCCACCCAGCCAUCCAGCAAGACAACAUCAAUAUCAAGUGCAAUGACAACUGUCAAAACAACUUCAGGAACAACAGCUACAAAAUCUUCCAACAGCACAACGGUCAAACCACCUAAUAARUCGACUUCUUCACCAUCUAGCAAAUUUACUACUCUGCCAACCACACAAAUGACAACUACCAACACAACCAGCAAAGUAACCACUCAGUUACGAAAUAAUUCGACUACUCCUUCUACCCAAACUUCCAGCAGUUCCCCACUGAAGUCUACUACAGCACCGGUAAGCAAUAYAACUAGUACACCAAUCGUCAAGACGACCAAAUCUAUCAAUAAUUCGACCAAUCAACCACCAGUGAAUACCACCACCACACCAGCAAUUAGCCCUAAAACAACUACAACUCAUUCACAAAACUCAUCAACUACCAAGCAAAGCAAAGUCUCUACUACUCGCCCACCAAGCACAACUAUUACCAGAUCAACCAAUAAUUCGUCCAGUAAACCACCAAGCACAACAGCUGCCAAGCCAACCACGAAAACUCCGUCCCAGCACCUGUCAAAAACAACAMAAUUCAGAAAAUCGACCACUCUAAUCUCCACCAAGCCCAUAACCACAGUUUCAUCAACUAAUUCCACAAUWACAAAGCCUAAAGUACUCGCAAGAGGCUCCACUGAGAAACUCAAGACUGGAGGGAUUGUGGGUAUCGUGGUGGGAGCUGUCAUAUUUAUAGCACUGAUUGUUGGUAUAGUSUUAAUUGUCCGAAGGAUUUACAGCCGACGAAAUGCAGAACCAGAUCAUGARCUAUUGGUCCAUAUGGAAGAGUUUGUUAUUUGAUGCAUGCCUAAUACGAAAUUUACUGCUCUUAUUGCGCAUGCUCAGAACCUGCAUCCCACAUGGCUGAGCGCCUCUUUUCGUAAUCCGUAUAAAGACAAUAGAGCAUUUAAAGAUUUCAAAAUGUAACACAAAUCUAAAUCUGUUGAUACAUUAGCUUUUCACUUUUAA